CAGUUCUUCGGGCGCAGAGCAGGCGUCCAGCGUGGUUUCAGUCUAAAUCGGCCACCAUCUCGUCCUUCAUGCUCGAGAGUGCGGAACUGUACUUCAACGUGGACCAUGGCUACCUGGAGGGCCUGGUUCGGGGGUGCAAAGCCAGCCUCCUGACCCAGCAAGACUACAUCAACCUGGUCCAAUGUGAGACGCUAGAAGAUUUGAAAAUUCAUCUCCAGACCACCGACUAUGGCAACUUCCUGGCCAAUCAAACAAAUCCUCUCACUGUUUCCAAAAUCGACACCGAGAUGAGACUGAGACUGUGCAGAGAAUUUAACUAUUUCCGGAAUCAUUCCCUGGAGCCCCUCAGCACGUUCUUCACCUACAUGACGUGCAGUUAUAUGAUAGACAACGUGAUUCUCCUGAUGAAUGGGGCACUGCAGAAAAAACCUGCGCAGGAAAUUCUGGUGAGGUGCCAUCCCCUGGGCCGAUUCACAGAAAUGGAAGCAGUGAACAUUGCAGAGACAACUUCGGAUCUCUUUAAUGCUGUUCUGGUUGAAACACCAUUAGCCCCAUUCUUCCAAGACUGUAUGUCUGAAAACACUCUAGAUGAGCUGAAUAUCGAAUUACUGCGCAAUAAACUGUACAAGUCCUACCUUGAGGCAUUCUAUAAAUUCUGUAAGAAUCACGGUGAUGUCACAGCUGAAAUUAUGUGUCCCAUUCUUGAGUUUGAGGCCGACAGACGUGCUUUUGUGAUCACUCUUAACUCCUUUGGCACUGAAUUGAGCAAAGAAGACCGGGAGACCCUCUACCCGACCUGUGGCAAGCUCUACCCUGAGGGGCUGCGCCUGUUGGCUCAAGUGGAGGACUUUGACCAGAUGAAGAGAGUAGCCGAACAUUAUGGAGUAUACAAGCCAUUGUUCGAGGCAGUGGGUGGCAGCAGUGGGAAGACAUUGGAAGAUGUGUUUUAUGAACAUGAGGUACAAAUGAAUGUAUUGGCAUUCAACAGGCAAUUCCACUAUGGUGUAUUUUAUGCAUAUGUAAAGCUAAAGGAACAAGAAAUGAGAAAUAUUGUUUGGAUAGCAGAAUGCAUCUCACAGAGACAUCGAACCAAAAUCAACAGUUACAUUCCCAUUUUGUAACUGGGGGUUCGGGUACUCAAACACAGAGAAUCACAAAUAUUAAAAAACAAGUUAGUGAAACAAAUCAAAGGCACUGCCUAAUGUGAUCUGUAUUACACAAAACUAAGGCUCUGUGCCCUCUGAAAUCACUGUACCCUCGUGGAUCACAGAUCCACUGCCUGCACUUUAAGCCCACCAUGAAACUAAGCAUUCCUGUCCUACUCCAGCAGCCUAAAAUUUUGUUUCCACAUUUAUGUCUUAAUUUUCACUGGAGUUUAGGCAUUAAUUUUAAUUAACUCUUUGGUACUUUUCCUGGUCUUAUUUGAUCAUGAUAUUAAAAAAAAAAUCAUACCUAACAAAAUUGCUUCAUUCUUGCUUUCCUUU